GUUUUCCAACAUGGCGGGCAGGUCGCAGCAGCUGGCUACAGCUCUCCUGUUUAUCCUCAGCGUGGUUUUAAGUUUUCCUCUCGGCGAGAAGAAAACAGACGUUCCAACCUGCGGAUACGAGUCAUGUCAUGCCACCAAGCCGGGCAUGUUGAAUGUCCACCUGGUCCCGCACACACAUGAUGACGUUGGCUGGCUCAAGACUGUGGACCAGUACUUCUAUGGAGAUCGUAAUGACAUCCAGCAUGCUGGUGUUCAGUACAUCCUGGACUCAGUUGUGGAUCAGUUGUUGAAGAAUCCAGACAGGAGGUUCAUCUAUGUGGAGACGGCCUUUUUCUACCGCUGGUGGAAGAGUCAGAGCUCCAGCAUGCAGCAGACAGUCAAACAGCUGGUUAAUGAAGGCCGUCUGGAAUUUGUGAAUGGUGGUUGGUGUAUGAGCGACGAGGCUGCCACACACUACAGCGCCGUCAUUGACCAGAUGACCAUUGGUCUGANGUUCCUUAAUGAGACUUUUGGAGCCUGUGGCCGUCCCCGCGUCGCCUGGCACAUCGACCCCUUUGGCCACGCUCGGGAACACGCCUCCAUGUUUGCACAGAUGGGAUUCGAUGGCUUCUUCUUUGGUCGUCUAGACUAUCAAGACCGGGCUCGCAGGAUGAGGAAUAAGGAGCAGGAGCUUCUAUGGAGAGCCUCCAACAGCCUCACUCCUCCAAUGGCUGACCUCUUUACUGGGAUCCUUCCUAAUGGCUACAACCCUCCUGAGGGCUUCUGCUGGGACCAGCUCUGCAGUGACCCACCCAUCAGAGACGAUCCUGAUCUUGAAGACUAUAAUGUUGAUGAUGUGGUGGGACGCUUCCUCGUCAUCGCCAACAGUCAGUCUACGGUCUAUAAGACCAACCACAUCAUCAUGACCAUGAGCUCAGACUUUCAAUAUGAGAAUGCCAACCUGUGGUACAAGAACCUGGACAAGCUGAUCCACUAUGUAAAUGCCCGGCAGGCAAAUGGCAGCAAAGUCAACGUGCUCUACUCUACACCGUCCUGUUACCUGCAGGAGCUGCACCGAGCAAACCUCACCUGGCCAUUGAAGACAGAUGAUUUCUUCCCCUAUGCAGACGACGCUCAUGAUUUCUGGACUGGCUACUUUACAAGCAGACCAGCGCUGAAGCGAUAUGAGAGGAUCAGCAACAGCAACCUGCAGACUUGUAACCAGCUGGAGGUAUUUGGUGGUCCAGCUUCCAGGAAAGGACCCUUUGGGGAAGGUGAAAGCCAGACCAUGAUGCUACUCCUGUGAUGGACCUGUCCAGCACCAUGACGCUGUGUCGGGCACAGAAAAGCAACACGUAUCAAAUGACUACACCAGGAAGCUUGCUAACGGCUGGCAACACUGUCAGGUACUCCAGGCUUCACAGUACAUUAUCUUACCCAACAGAAGUUACUUGUGCUAAAUUUGUCAUUUUCUGUACAGGAAAAUAUAUUAUCAUGUCUUUAGCAGAAAGUGUUCUUCAGUCCAAACUUUCUUGCACAGGUUUCUUGUCUAACUGUUGUC